GAAGUGUCCAUCAAAGGCCUGGGAGCUGCCGACUGGGCAGUUGGAUGGGAUGCCUAUGCAGUUGGGAAACUCGAACUAAGCAUCACUUCAGGUUCAGGCGGGGAUAGUCAUUUCGUCAGGACCGAAACGUCCUCAUACUUGGAUCAUGGAAGCAAAGAUAAUCGUUCACACUGAGAAACCGUGGAAGUGUGGGGACUGUGAGAAGACAUUCAAAUGCCCAUCCCACCUCGAGAGGCAUCGACGCAGUCACACUGGGGAGAGGCCGUUCAGCUGCCCCCAGUGCGGAAAGGGAUUCACUCGCUUAACCAACAUGCUGUCACACCAGCGGGUUCACACCGGGGAGAGACCGUUUAAAUGUCCAGACUGUGGGAUGUGCUGUAAAAGUUCCAGGGACCUCGCGUCCCACCGACGUGUUCACACUGAUGAGAGACCGUACAGAUGCUCUCACUGUGGGUCCACGUUCAAGCGAUCAUCUAACCUGAGCGUACACCGGCGCAGACACACUGGGGAGAGACCAUUCACUUGCAGUGAGUGUGGGAAGGGAUUCUCUCACUCGUGUCACUUGAUGACACACCAGCAGGUUCACUCCGACCGGAGACCUUUCAACUGUACGGACUGUGGGAAAAGCUUCAAAAGUUCAAGAGAACUGAUGUCCCAUCAACGUGUUCACACAGACGAGAGACCAUUCCGAUGCUGUCACUGUGGGGCUGGGUUCGUACGGAUGCCUGACCUCGCUGUCCACCAACGCUGUCACACACGGGAGAAGCCAUUCGACUGCUCAGAGUGUGGAAAGAAAUUUAACAGGUCUUCCUACUUGCUGUCACACCAGCGGGUUCACUCUGCGGAGAGACCUUUCAAAUGCCCAGACUGUGGGAAGGGUUGUAAAAGUUCUCGACAGCUGGUCAUCCAUCGACGUGUUCACACGGACAACAGGCCGUUUCGGUGCUCUCACUGCGGGACUGGCUUCAGGCGAUCUUCUGAACUGAUCGUACACCAGCGAGUCCACAGCGGGGAGAGACCGUUUACCUGCUGCAAAUGUGGGAAGGGGUUCACUCAGUCGUCCCACCUACUGAGACACCAGCGCGUUCACAAGGAAUCGCAGUGAUUCGAUUUUGCUGUUAAUCGCAUUUGGGAUUGAACCUGUUUCAUUUGAGUCUGUUUCCACUGACAAAUUUUUAAAAAGACUACACUUCAGUUAUAAUAUUCUGGAUAAACAUCAA